AUGACUCGUGUCAACCACCCGUCAGCACGGAAAGCCCGUACGUACAUCAUCCACCCAAAUUUGGGUUUGAAUCCACCGCAGAACUACAGAUACUUCAUGAGCAACAUCAAGAAGAUCAACAAAACAGAUCUUACUCAAAAUGCGAAUAGAAUCGCAAUGGUAAUUGAGUGUGAGCGUCGAAUGACCAUAGUAACAGAUGCUCCAGGUUCAUUUUUCAGCUUUGCCUUUCCGCACCCGUGCGUCGCAAGCGUCCAUAUGGCGGCAGCCGUUAUUGGGUCGCGGAACCGCGGGCAGCUUAUCAAGGCUGAACAAGAACUGGCGAGGAGGGCGCAAGAGAAUGAGCUGAAGCGACAGCAAAGGGAAGUGGCACAGUCUAUCAUGGAAAAGUAUGACAAGGACAGCUCUGGCGCACUCAGUCCAAAAGAGCUGAAGCGGAUGCUCCGCGACUACUCGCAGCAUCGCUUCAAGAUCGAGGUGCAGCCCUCGGCCGAAGACUUGAUAUUUCUUUUCCGCCUCUUCGACACGAAGCCAGAUGGCGUGAUCGAUCGGGAUGAGAUAAUGGGCAUCGUGGGAGCCUGGGGCGAGUUCAUGAAGCAGAAACAGCUGGUGCAGAACUUAGCCCAAAAGUUCGACAAGGACUCUGAUAAUCAGAUCGACCUCGCGGAGCUACAGGACAUCCUCGAUGCGACGAAUCGUAGGCCGGUGAAUUCGCAGAUCACGCAGUGGGUGAUGCGGGAGGCGGAUGUGUCGGGAAACGGGCUUUUGAGCAGCUUGGCUGGAGUGCGAUGGAGUGCAUAUCUAGCCGGAUAG